ACGAGUUUUGCUAGCGUAACGACAAACGAACGUGUUAACACCAUUUCUGGCGGGAAGUUGUGGCGCGUAGUUUGAUUGCGGGAAAUUGAACAAAGAAGAAAGACCGGACGACAUUUUUCACUUGCAGUAAAUCUGAACAUUCAAGAUGUUUGUCAACAAAAGAAAUGGCAGAACAGAGAAGGUCAUGUUUGACAAGAUCACCUCACGCAUACAAAAGUUGUGUUACGGACUUCAUCCUGAAUUUGUUGACCCGGCUGAGAUCACGCUGAAGGUGAUCAAUGGACUCUACCAGGGGGUCACCACAGUGGAGCUGGACAACCUGGCGGCUGAAACUGCCGCUACCAUGACAACCAAGCACCCAGACUACGCCCACCUGGCAGCCAGGAUAGCCGUGUCCAAUUUGCACAAGGAAACCAAGAAAGUCUUCAGUGAGGUGAUGGACGACCUACAUAAUUGGGUGAACCCCAAAACUGGAAAACACUCGCCUAUGAUCUCUGAUGAAGUCCAUAAAAUUAUACAAGACAAUGCAGAGAGACUCAACUCUGCCAUCAUCUAUGACCGGGAUUACACAUACAACUAUUUUGGAUUCAAGACGCUUGAACGGUCAUAUCUUCUGAAGAUUAAUGGGCGAGUUGCUGAACGGCCACAGCACAUGUUGAUGAGAGUUGCAGUUGGGAUCCAUCACAACGACAUCGAGGCCGCCAUUGAGACGUACAACUUGCUGUCUGAAAAGUGGUUCACGCAUGCCUCUCCCACCCUGUUCAACGCUGGAACCACCAGGCCUCAGCUGUCCAGCUGCUUUUUGUUGACCAUGCACUCUGAUAGCAUUGAGGGCAUUUACGACACAUUAAAGCAAUGCGCCCUUAUCUCAAAGUCGGCGGGAGGAAUUGGCCUGAACGUUCACAAUAUCCGGGCACAUGGUAGCUACAUAGCCGGUACAAACGGAACCUCAAACGGGUUGCUGCCAUUGUUGAGAGUGUACAACAACACUGCCAGAUAUGUCGACCAAGGCGGUAACAAGCGCCCUGGAGCUUUUGCCAUCUACCUGGAGCCAUGGCAUGCAGACAUCUUUGAUUUCCUGGACCUCCGCAAAAACACGGGCAAGGAGGAGCAGCGGGCGCGCGACUUGUUCUAUGCACUGUGGAUUCCUGACCUGUUCAUGAAGCGUGUCGAGACGAAUGGAGAGUGGACCCUGAUGUGCCCCGCGGAGUGCCCUGACCUCCACGAGUGCUGGGGCGAGGAGUUUGAGGAGUUGUAUACCAGGUAUGAGAGGGAGGGUAAGGGCCGCAAGACUAUCAAGGCCCAGCAGCUGUGGUAUGCAGUGAUUGAGGCACAGACUGAGACCGGUACCCCGUACAUGCUGUUCAAGGACCACUGCAACCGCAAGUCAAACCAGCAGAAUCUGGGAACCAUCAAGUGUAGCAACUUGUGCACCGAGAUUAUAGAGUACAGCAGCAAGGAUGAGGUGGCGGUUUGCAACUUAGCUUCCAUAGCAUUGAACAUGUAUGUGAAGCCGGACAAAACCUACGACUUUGCUAAGCUUGCCGAGGUCACAAAGGUGGUGGUGAGGAACCUGAACAAGAUUAUAGAAGUCAACUACUACCCAGUGAUAGAGGCUGAGAGAUCCAACUUCCGUCACAGACCAAUAGGUAUCGGUGUUCAGGGCCUGGCUGACGCCUUUAUUCUGAUGAAGUUCCCGUUUGAGAGCCCUGAGGCUCAGCAGUUGAACAAGGACAUCUUUGAGACUAUCUACUACGCUGCACUGGACUCCAGUUGUGAGCUGGCAGAGAAACUUGGGCCUUACGAGACCUACCAAGGGUCACCUGUCAGCAAAGGGAUCCUGCAACAUGACAUGUGGGGAGUGAAGGACACAAACAGGCAUGACUGGGCAGGACUUAGGGCAAGAAUUGCCAAGCAUGGGGUACGUAACAGCUUGUUGCUGGCGCCCAUGCCCACAGCUUCCACAGCACAGAUCCUGGGGAACAACGAGUCUAUUGAGGCGUACACCAGCAACAUCUACACCCGCAGGGUCCUCUCAGGAGAGUUCCAGAUUGUGAAUCACCAUAUGCUGAAGGACCUCACAGAUCUUGGACUAUGGACGGAGGAUAUGAAGAACCUGCUCAUCGCCCAUGGUGGAUCCAUUCAGAAAAUUGAUGGAAUCCCGGAUGACAUUAAGGCGCGCUACAAGACGGUGUGGGAGAUAUCUCAGAAAACGGUGCUUAAGAUGGCAGCAGACCGUGGGGCUUACAUUGACCAGAGCCAGUCUCUGAACCUGCAUGUGGCAGAACCAAACUACGGGAAGCUCACCAGCAUGCACUUCUAUGCCUGGAAACUGGGCCUGAAGACCGGCAUGUACUACCUGCGCACCAAGCCAGCUGCCGCAGCCAUCCAGUUCACGGUGGACAAGACCAAGCUUGCCCAGGCUACGAAGGCGGGUCAGGAAGGGGAGAAGGCGACGCCUACCCAGCAACAGAACAUGGAGGCCAUGGUGUGCUCCCUGGAGAACAAGGAUGAAUGCCUCAUGUGCGGCUCAUAGACUGGGCGUGUGUGCAGAGAACAAGUGCCUGAGGUGCUGCUUGUUGACUGGGGAAAUGUGGAGCGGAUUAUGUGGUUUUUUGCAGGAGUGUGCUUUGAAAAAACUGCUGUUUCAUUUUAUUUUCAUAUUGCCAAAAAUUGACUAGAAAAAUCGGCAUUGUUUAUUGAGGUUAAAAUUGACAAAUAAUGAAUCUACUUUGUUAAUUGAUCAAUAUUCACACAUAAAGUUUGUUUUGGCAAUGUGUGUAUCACAUAUCAUGGAAGCUGUGUCACUGGAUAUGCUUUGGUAUUAAUGGGGAGAUCUAAAGCUUAAUGGUCAAUCGCUUUCUAAGAGUUUAUUGUAGUUUCUAACGAAUUGUUUCUGAAAUCACAGCCUGUAUAAACCUCACUAUUCCUGGACUGCAGACUCAAAAUAAAAUAUUCUUUAUAAAGGUA